CCAUCUACCUGGGGCCCGAUGUCCGUUUAGAUGAGAAAGAGAGAAGAUUUUGUAGUUUGUUGUGUAGAGAGAGCGUGAAGAUUUUUGUAUUUUGUUGUGUAGAGCGAGAGAGAGAGAGAGAUGAAUUGCUGUUGGGUUGGUGGCAACCGCAUGGGGUGGCUGCUCCUGUUCCUCCUCCUCGCGGUGGUGGUGGUGGUGGUGGUUGAAGCAAGGUCCGGGUCUUUUAUGCCAGGUGAAAAGAAAGUAGAAGAGUUGGAGAUUAUGAUGGAGGAGGGGAGAAGGGAGCUCAUUGCAAACACUGAUGAUUACACUGACCCUUCGGCAAAUCGUGGACACGACCCCAAGAGCAAGGGUGGAGGCGGAGGAGGCCGGAAAACGCGCGGCGAUAACCCAUGACACAAUUCUUUUGUAUAAAAACGCAGUCGUGUUUUUUUUGGUAUUUAUUGCUACCUUAAAUGUGUGUGUCAUUAUUAUGGCUGAGGUGGUAGUGGUGGUGGUGAGGCCUUUAAUCUGUGAGGGAUUGCUUUGGUUUGUGUGAUCCCUUUAUUCGAUGGAGAGAGAGAGAGAGAGAGAAAGAGCUGCUUAGCUCUGUUGACUCUUUGGUUUAUAUUUAUGUAUUUGACUUUAUAGUGUAAUGUGAAUGCCCUAGUUUUUGGCGUU